GUUGGACAUCACAAGCCCAUUGGCCAUCCACCAAGUGACACUCCAAAAACAAAACCAAUCCAUCAAGAUGUUCAAACUCGCUGCUAUCUUCUUCGCCGUUGUGGCCGUGGCUGCUGCCAAGCCCGGCAUUUUGGCUCCUCUGGCCGCCGCUCCUCUGGCUUACACCGCUCCAGCUGUGGUGGGCAGUGCCGCCUACGUGGCGCCCUACGCCUCCAGCUACUCCGCCCACUCGGUGGCCCACAGCGCCGCCUUCCCAGCUGCCUAUGCCGCUCCAGUGGCCGCCGCCUAUACCGCUCCCAUCGCCGCUCCCUUGGCCGCCGCCUACACCGCUCCCUACACCCGCUUUGCCACGCCCUACGCCGCCGCCGCCUACACCGCCCCCCUGGCCUACAGCUCGCCCUAUGUGGCCCGCCCAUAUGUCGCCGCUGCUGCCGCUCCUCUGCUGCUGAAGAAGUAAAUCGACGGACCGGGAACCCUGCGAAGGAUAUUGCCCCGUGAGCUUGGCUCAUGGCCUGGCUCUUAUUUCCCACGCAAAC